CGUGCUCGUGCACGGACUCACUGUUGGGUAAAUGCGCGUGUAAGAAGGCCGUAGGUAUGAGCUGCUUUUCACCCGUGAACGCCCCCUUCUCGUAAAGUUUUUGUGAAUCUUCUAUCAAAACGUUUGUCAUACGGCACGAAAAGAAAAAAAAAAUGGCUAGUGACAAAGCUGCUCAUGCGCUCUUAUUCGUCAUGGAUUUUCUCUAUGUCACAGAAGACUAACAGGAAAUGUUAGAGGGUCGGAGGAAGCAGCCGAAAAAGGACUGAUUGAUAUACAGAAGUCUUCAUGGAUAUAGUUGACACCUUCAACCAUUUAAUCCCUACAGAACACUUAGAUGAUGCCCUUUUUCUAGGACCCAACCUAGAAAGUGAAGGUUUGGAUGAAUUUACCAAUAGCCAACAUGUCCUAGAGGAUUCACUGAAGAACAUGCUUAGUGACAAAGAUCCUAUGCUAGGGUCUGCAAGCACCCAGUUCUGCUUACCAGUUUUAGAUAACACUGAUCCAAAUUUUCAACUGUCUUCUUCAACAGUGGUUGGUCUUGACGAUAUAAUGGAUGUGGAUGUAAAAGAAACUAUUGGUGAUCCUAAUGAUGAUGAUGACCUAAUUCUUCCAAGCAAAAAUGAUAGAUUGACAGAACCUAUGUUAAAGUCAUUAAGAAAGUCACCUAGGUUAAUAAUACAAGAAUCUGUAAGAAACUUACGACAGAGUACUGUGGACAAGUCUCCACAUUCUUCAAAGGUGACUGGUCCCAAAAAAGGCAAAUCAAGAAAAGAUGCUUCAGGAGACCACAUGAAAGAGCAAAAUGAUUCUUUAAGCUCAAAACCAGAGCAAGACGAGAAGGAAAAACAAGAUCAAGUAGAACAGUUAAACAUUUCAUCUUCAAAUUCAAGGAGAUCAACAAGACUGGCAAAUAAAGAAUUCCAGGAGACAAAGAUAAUAGAGGAAAAUGUUAAGGAAAACGUUACAGCAAGUGAAAUCAGUAAUGAUAAUUUAGUUGGUGCGAGUUCAACACUAAAUGAAGAUGGUAAAUCUGAAAUUGAACAUAAACAAAGUCCUACAUCAAAUGAAAGUGGGGAAAAAAUACAAAAUGAAAUGUCUAUACAGAGCAAAGCAAAUUUGCAAAAAGGCAGUUGCCCUAUAACAGAUUUAUUAACGUCACACGAAGGAAUUGAAUGUGAAAAAGAAAUGAAAAACCCCACAGUUGAAAAAACAGACAUAAAUUAUGAUAAGGUUCAUGAGGAGCUUGCUUUGUUGUCUGGGGCUGUUAAAUGUAACUUGGGUGUUAAAGGACAUUUAGACUCUGAAAGCAAUUGUGAAAUUAAGAAACAAACUGAUAUUAUUGUUAAAGAAGAGAUUGCUGUAGAAACAAGUUUGGAUAUUCCUGAAAUUGACUUAAGAGCUAUUUCUGAUAGCAAAUGCUUUAUGAAAGAAGAAAGCAGCAUUAUGGUUAAUGAAGAAAUUUUGCAAGAUGAAGAUAAUGUGCAGCUAAAAGGCCAAGAGGUGUCGCAAAUAGAAAUUUGUAAGAAAGCCAGUCUUGGAAAAAAAGGUCCAAAAAAAUCAAACCCUCGUCCCCGAAAAUCACCUUUACAGCCAACAGCUAGUGAAUGUGAAAAAAUGGUUGACAAAAAAGAAGUCAAGUUAAAACCUAAAAAUCAAAAAAGGAAAAAAAAUACUAACACUCCAGAUCCUGAGCCUGAUGAGAAAGUUGUCAUUAUGAAGAAGAAGAAAACGGAGAUUACAAAGAAUUAUAAGAAAGAUAUAAAAAAAAAAAUGGUAAAACGGAAAAUAGAUGUAAAACAGCAAGCACAUGUAGAGUCCUCCCUGAAACAACCAUUGUGUGAUGGAUCAAGAGAAUCACCCCGACCUGUACCAGCUCCUACUUAUGCACAUGCUAAAAGCAUGUCCCACAGCAGUGAAAAAACAGUUACCAAGCACCAGACGGCAGCCAUGUCCAAGAUAAGCAGCCUGGAAAAUGAGGUUGGUGAUCAAAAAGAUACUGUGGAUCCCUUUGAAGAGAAAAUUAAGAAUAAAAAGUCUAUUCCACCACGCCUAAGAAAAAGCAGUAAAAGUAUUUCAGUUGAUGAGCCUCAACUGUUUAUUCCAGACAACAUUCCUACUGUAAAAAAAGAAGGCGCAGACGCAACAUCCCCAAAUGAAAAGUAUUUGUUGAAUCAUGCCAAGCACUGUAGUUCUUGCAGAAAACUUCAUGGUAAUAGAUUCAUGGUUGGUUGUGGAAGGUGUGAUGAGUGGUUUCAUGGAGAUUGUGUUGGACUGAGCAUCUCACAAGCACAAGAAAUGGAAAAUGAAGACAGAGAAUACAUAUGCUUAAAAUGCAACACUGAAGAAGUGAAGGUGGAGACAUCUGAUUCAAGUGCAUCUGAUACUCUGCAGAAAAUAAUUGCACAUCAAGAACUUAAAGUGACUGAAUCUGAUAAGCCAGUGACUAAACCACUGGAGACACUUGUACUUCAUGAGCAACACAAGCUGGUAGACUAUACAACAAAGCACAAAGUGAAACUUUUUAGAAAGGACUCAGGGGAUGGGAGACAUGAACCAGAAAACAAAGAUUCAGAAAUAAAAAAGCAUACUGUGUCUCACAGAAAAAACAUGCAGUAUGGUACAGAAUCCCACAGACUUCCUGAUGAGAAGCAUGAAAAGGCUUUGAAAGGUUCUUCAGUUGUACCAUUUCAUGAAGAAAAGACUACUAAAUCUACAGGCUUAAUUGAUAAACAAGAGAAUAAGAAAAAGAAACAAGAGAAAAAAGGGCCAUCACAUAGUGUACACCCUUCAACUCCUCCUACUCCAAAGCCUUCUGUUGAUCAGAUCAGACAAAGUGUCCGUCAGUCUUUAAAAGAUAUACUGCUGAAAAGACUUUCAGAAUCAAGUUCAAAGAUUCCUGAGGAAAGGGCAACAAAAGUUUCUUCCAGAGUAGAAAAAGAAUUGUUUUCAUUUUACCGGGACACUGAUUUGAAAUAUAAAAACAAGUAUAGAAGCUUAAUGUUUAACCUUAAAGAUCCUAAAAACAACGUAUUAUACAAGAGAGUUUUGAAAGGAGAAAUCACUCCUGAGCAUUUAAUCAAGAUGAGCCCAGAGGAGUUAGCUUCCAGAGAACUUGCGGCUUGGAGACAGAGAGAAAACAGACAUACAAUUGAGAUGAUUGAAAAGGAACAGCGGGAAGUUGAACGUAGACCAAUUACCAAGAUUACACACAAAGGAGAAAUUGAAAUCGAAAGUGAAGCCUCUAUAAAAGAAUCUGAAGAUAUGGAUAAUGAGGGCUCUGGGGCUUACCUUCUCCCCCCUUCGCAAAGAAACAACCACACUCCCCCUCUUGGCGAUGAGACCCAUGCAACCUCAGAGAAACCACAGCGGCUCAUAGCUGGUCUGGAAUCCGUUGUAAAGCAUGUAGAAAAAGAAGAAGAAAUUCCUAAAGAUAAUGAUGAAUCCACUGAAACCACAUCAGAUACAACCACACAACAUAAGAAUCAUCUCUUUGACUUAAAUUGUAAAAUAUGUACAGGCCGAAUUGCUCCUCCUGCUGAAGACCUUUCUCCUAAAAAAGUGAAAAUAUUCCCAGGAUUAAUACAUAAACAAUCGGAUACUGAUGUUGAUAACACCUCCGAUGAACAUUGUUCAUCUACUAUUUUGCAAAUGGACCUUUUAGAGGCGGAGAGACCAGUAUCACCUAAGGAUGAAUUUUCUUCCCCUUCAAGUUCUGAACCAUUUAGUAUUACUGACAUAGCUGAUGGUGAAUCUUCAUUUUUGGCUCGUAUGACCUACAUUUGGAAAGGAUUUCUGAAUAUGCCAUCUGUGGCGAAAUUUGUUAUCAAAGCUUACCCAGUUUCUGGUUCACUUGAGAAUUUAACAGAGGAUCUUCCUGAAAGUAUUCAAGUUGGAGGUAGGAUAUCACCACAAACGGUUUGGGAUUAUGUUGAUAAAAUUAAAGCAGCAGGAACAAAGGAAACUUGUUUAAUUCGCUUUAGCCCUGAAACAGAAGAGGAUCAGAUAUCUUAUACAUUGCUAUACUCAUAUUUCAGCAGCAGAAAACGUUAUGGUGUAGUAGCAAAUAAUAUGCGACAAGUCAAAGAUAUGUACCUCAUACCCUUGGGUGCCUCUGAAAAAAUUCCACACUUUUUUGUACCUUUUGACGGGCCAGGGCUUGAAGUGCAUAGACCAAAUUUGCUGCUGGCUUUGAUAAUUCGGCAAAAAAUGAAAAGACCACAUAUUCCAAGCCUUGAUGAGGAACCUGUGGGAACAAUAUUAACUGUUCCAUCAGAUAAAAAAAGCAGGGUUGGCAUUGCUGAUGAAGAUGAUGAAGAAGAUGAUGAAAAUGAUUUUUUUAACUCAUUUACUACUGUAUUACAUAAAAAUAGAAACAGAGCACCCCUUUCAGAUACAGAUGAACCUCAGGCCGUAGUAGAUUGUGUACCUGAAAUAAUAAAGAAGGAGCCAACAAAGCCCCUACGAUUUCUACCUGGAGUGUUGGUUGGUUGGGAAAAUCCACACUCAACUCUUGAUCUAGCCAACAAUCCCCUACCUGUUGAUGAUAUCUUGGAAAGUCUUUUAGGUACAGCUGAAAAUGCAAAUGAAAUUAAAAAAUCAGUUGCAUCUAUCUCUAAUGUUGAAAAGCCAGGCACAGAUGAGAACAUUGUCUUGAAAGAAAACAGUGGGGCUUCUGAAAUAUUAUCAGAUGUUAAAACUGCAGAACUGGAGACAGUAACUGAGCAUGCUGUAGAAACUUUGGAGAAGACAGCUUUGUUAACUCAACCACAGUCUGCAGCUUUACCAAGCAUUUCUCUAAAAGGAAAACCUCCAGAUGUUUCCACAGAGGCAUUUUUAGCAAAUAUUAAUAUUCAUCCAGACAAAGACAUUUCAGAAAGAGAUAUUUUAAAUGAACCUGGUGAUGCCAAAGUUGAACAAGAAUUGAAAACGGACCAGAUGUUCCCUCCGGUAGUUGAAAACCUAGGUAAAGAUAGCAUUGGUAAUAUUACUACAUCACCACCUGAAAGUGUCUCAGUUGUUACAAAAUCUCCAAAGCUAAUAAGUAUAAAAAGGGAUCCAAGACAAGCUGCUGUAAGAACCCAAGUUAACUUAUUAGAUACUAAAGAUAAUGAGCUUAACAGAAAUGAAGUGUAUACACUAAAAGAUAAAGACAGUGGAAGUACAUCUUUGCAUAAAAGAAAUAAAGUAAAGAAAUCAUCCAGUGAUGAAAAGAAUUUACCUGUUUUUAAGAGUGGACAGUCAAAAGGUGGAUUACUUUGCAGUUCUAAGGAAGAUGAACUGGAACCUUCUGAAAAAUCUAAGUGUGAUGAGGCUAAGUCUUUUACUAAAGAUCUUUUAAUUGAUGAUACAGACCCUCUUAUACAAUUUAAAAGAGCGUUGGCUGCAAAUAAAUCUCAGGCACAAACUUCAAAUACACCUCACUUGGAAACUGCUUCCAAAAAUACAGCUUCUAACCUUGGUGUGGCCUUUUCUUCUGUUAGGUUACAGCAACCUCAAUUCCUUCCAUUAAAAAGCAGCAGUUCUGCAUUUCCGUUUCAGCAGAAUACCAAUUAUCCUCUACAAGGAAACCCAAUGUUUCCCUACAGUGCACAUUUACCACCUCUUCUUCCUACUCCACUAGGUAUAGGUUUCCCAAGACCACCACGAUUUCAGCCUCCAGAGGGUGUAUUACAUAACCCUUUGUUAGCUUGGCAUGCAACUGUUCAGUUACCUCCCCAUCCUGCACAUUAUUUGGGACCAGUAGCUCCUGGACCACUUUUGGGCCCUGAUCAAGCAAGGUAUCAAGGUCCACAGAAGUUUUAUCACAAAGAUUAUAAAAUUCCAGAGAGACGUCAUAGUGAUCCAUGGGACAAGUUAGAUCGUCUUUCAGAGAGAACCUUUAGUCGGGGAAGCAGAGGUGAAUAUCGAAAAAGAUUAUAUAGUGAAUCUCAUCACUCAAGAGAAAAGAGACAUUAUAAAAAAGAUUCUGGAAAUGACAGACACGGAGACAAGGACUCUGAAAGAAGUAGACAUAGAGACAAGGACAGAAGUCAUGACAGAGAAAGGAAAGGCCGUGAUGAUUCUUAUAGAGAGAGAUCACGAUCUUCCCACGAUGAAAAGGUCUCUGAUAAUAAAACACACAAAGAAGGGAAACGUACAGACAAAUCUAAAAGUGAGGAACAUGUCUAUGAUAAAGAAAGAGAAAAGAAUAGGGACAGAAAUAGGGACAGAGAAGAAUUAAAAGAAAGAGAAAGACAUCACAAGGACAGAGACAGAGACCAUGGAGACAAAAUAAAAACUAAAAGAUUAGCUUGACCUUCUGGGUGUACCUGAUAGGUUUGUGCCAUCUUUUUCUACUGUCAGUGUUUUUGAGAGACACUCUAUUAUAAAGGAUAGAUAACCAACAUGUUAUCUUUUAUGUCACUAAAAUUGUAAUAUUUUAUAAUCAGUCUUUUACACCGAUGUACAUUUACUGUUACCAGGUAUUUCUAUUUUUUUUAAAUAUGCAAUAAGCUUAAUAUAUAUGUCAACGCAUCACCUAGUAUGCAGCCAUUGACACUUUGUGCAAUUUUAUGUGUUAACAUUUUAAUGAGCUAUUCAAUACAUGUUUUAUUGCACUGUUUUUAAGUAUUGGAGAUAAUUGGUGAUGCAGAAGUUGGACAAUGCAACAUACUUGGUUCUGUAAAAUGCUUUUCUUUUGAUCAAAUGUGGAAAAGUGAUCCCAUUUAAAAUUACCCCAGCAUCAAAAUGGAGUGUUAUCACAGAUUAUGUGUUUGGUUUCUGUAGCUUUGAAAGUGCACUUGCUGUAGAAAAAAUGUAUUUGAAUCUUUCAAGCUUCAAUUUUAUAGUCUUAGAAAUUUUCUUUGCGCUUUAAAUACUUGAAAUCUGAGCUUGUACAUUCUUGUGUUUUUGCUAUUUUUAUACUAUAAAAUGUAAAUAUUUUAAGGAAUAUUUUGAUUCUAAAGAUAAAUUUAACAUAUUUUGUCUCAUUAAUAAGUGUGAAAUAUUGUGUUAAAUCCUGUAUAACAUAAAUGCUGUAGUUAAAAUUCUUGCAUUUGCUUUAAAUAUUUUUGCUCUUGUUCUUAUUCAUCAUUUUUGCUUAUGUUUUUGUCCAAAUGUUACUUUGCUUUUGAAGAGUCAGGGUUGCUUUGCAAUAAACAUUAUAGCAUAA